CCAGGGGUGGGACACAGGAAUCCCAAGGGAACGGGGCAGAGAAAUCAGUUUGGUUUGGACUUUUUUGCUGCCGGUCAGAGAUGGACUCGAACCUUCUGUGAGAUGGAUUCCGAUGAUGACGGAAGGACAAACGGCGAGGAACUCGGAGAUCCCGGAUGUGUGUGGAAGGAAGGAGACAUACCCGACGUCACUUCCGGGAUAACACACCCAGGAAUAUGCGAUCCUUGGGGAGGCCAAGAAUGUAGUGCAGACAAUGGCUGGGUGUCGUGUGAGACUGAGGAAUUCAACUGCAGUGCAACUUCAGAGCCAGAAGUUCAAAUGAGAACAUUAAGAUUCCCUCGAAUGAAGGUUCCCAGUACGGAGACGAACUAUUUCUGCCAGACCUUUGACCUACCGGCUGACCGAGAUUAUCAUCUCAUAGCGACUGAGCCUGUAAUCGACAACAUCCAUGUGAUGCACCACAUCCGACUGAUGGGCUGUAGGGAUGAGGACUUUAUUGCGGACAACUUCGACGAUCUGGACAAAGACAUGGUUUUCUGCCUAAGAUCCACCAUCCUCGCCAAUGCUAUAUGGCGGAGCGGGGUUACAAUGACGUCAUUGGUUUUGUGGACAGUGGGCCUGGCUGGUCAGUGCCUGUACAAGGAGGCUGGUUUCAGGCUCGGUACUUCCGGCUACAAGAAGGUGCUACUGGAGUCUGUUACUGCACUGGAACAACCCGAGAUGCGCGACGACUACCAUGACGCGUCGGGGUUAAAGAUCUUCUACACACCACGACUACGCCAAUACGAUGCAGGAAUUCUGUGGACGGGUCAGGAACGUCUGAUGUUACCACCAGGGCAGUCGAAAAUAGUUGUUCAGUCAACUUGCCCGUCUGAGUGUACAAAACGCCGUUUUUCCAGGCCUAUAUACAUCACUAACUCUCUCAACCAUAUGCAUUACAUGGGAAUCUCUGAGAGCGUUGAACACCUGCGGGAGGGGAAGAGAUUACAGUACCUGACAAAUGAAGCCUACUACACCUACGACAACCCCGUAAUUAACACUUUUGAUCCUCCUCUGGAGGUUCGACCGGGGGACGUCUUCAAGACCACCUGCGUGUAUCGCACCGUCUCCCGUCGGGUCACGACGGUUUGGGGCGAGGGGACGAAUGACGAAAUGUGUUACUCCUUGCUAAUGUUCUAUCCAAAAUCUGCCGUCUCUAACAUCUACUGCGACGGCUGGGGCGACUACAACUCUUGCAUGGUGGACGACGACGGAUUUUACCGUGGCUGUCAUGUUCAAAGUUUCAAGAAUCUAACACAUCCAGCAACACAGAAGAUUUUCCACAAGAUACUGAAACACUGUGACUUCAAACAUGGCGAAUGUCUACCAGAGUGCCCGGAUGUUGUCACGGAAGUAAGGAAGCAUCCAUGUUUGCAAGGAGACCUAGGUGACAAAAUGUUGCAGGAGUUUACUGAAGACGGCAGUGCGAGGGGCAUGAGGUUUGUGACUGCGCUCCGUUCCUGUGAUUGUCCCCGAUUGUCCGAACGCCACGUGGGCAUGCAGGAUAUGACGUCAUCUAGUGGACUUCGGCUCACGGAAUCAUAUAUUACUCUCGUUUUGUUAGUUUGGAACUGUUUUGCAUAACAGUGAACAGAAGCCUUGUUGACAAUGAAUAUACUACAGUCAACUUUGGAAACAACAAACUUUAAGGAACUCUUAGAGCAGUUUGCGAUAUUCGAAGUUCGAAAUUCCUAUAUAAAAAAAUUAUUCCAUC